CAACACGAUCUCAAAAUCUCAUUACACUUCACAUCAAUAAAACAUCCCAAGAUCCCCAUCUCACAACCGCCUCAAAACUCCCCUUCUCUUACAAAACAUACCCCCAACAACAACGUUAAAAAAUGGGCAGCCUCACAAAACUCAUAGACGCAGUACUCUUCCUCUUCUUCCUCGUAAUCGCGGUGGCUGCUCCUGUUCUCGACUUCCAGACAUGUCUGCCUCGGGAUCUGUACCCCGAUGCUCUCGUCAAUCUCAAGAAAUGGUAUGCUGACAUAUACGGUGAUUAUCUUGUGGCAGAGAAGCCCCACUUCUUUGUGGGGAUUGUUUGGGUGGAGCUUUUGUUUCAGUGGCCUCUUUCUAUUGCUGCUCUUUAUGGGAUUCUUGGUGGGAAAUCGUGGGUCAGGACUGUUUCGUUGAUGUAUGGAUCUUCUACUCUUACUGCCAUGGUAGCUAUAUUAGCAGAGAUGAGAAAUUCAGGAAAGGCAUCAGAAAAGCUCUUCAUGUUGUACUACCCUUUUCUGGGUUUUGCUCUUUUAGCAAUCUUGCGUGGCCUGUUGCCACAUUCUGGAAGGACUACCACACUCGGCAAGAGACCUUUAUUUAACAGGAAAAAGAGGGCUUGAAAUCUUUGUACUGCACCAGUUAGCUGCUAACUGCUUUUGCUCAUGAGUGUCAGUUUUUUAGAGAUUUUUCUGGUUCUGUAAUUUAGACAAAUUAGAUACUUAAAUGUGCUAGUGAAGUUCUCUUUCUUGGCAAGAUGUUCAAUAUUUGAGGUUCA